AAAAGAGAGAAGAAAAAAAAAGAAAAAAAAAAGAAAAGGAAAAGAUACUCAAAAUUUAACCAGAUUUUAUUUAAUAAAUAAUUUUAAUUUCAUAAUAAAAGCCUCUCUUUCUCUUUCUGCAUAUCUCUCUUUUUUUUUCCUCUUUCUACAUUUCCCCCAUUGAAACCAGGGGAGGUUUCUGGUUGGAUUUGAUCAAGUUGAGUUUCCAGGGUUUUAAAUAUCGCUCCCAGAGUCUCUAAGGGAGAUUAAGUUCGUUUGUCUGGUUACUAGGUGAAAUAAAAAGAGGGAGAUUGUAUUACUGAUGGAGAGAAAUUGAAAUUUCGUUCAAAUUCAUAUUUUCGGAGACUGUGAUUUGAUUAGUGAAUUUUUGGUGUCUCGAAUAAUAUGAUUUUUGUAGUAUUGUCAGUGGUGUAAUUUGCAUGAAGUGCCAUUCAAUUCAUCCUUCUAAUUAAGGAAACGAAUUUUGAGAAUUUUCUAUUGGGUUGAUUGAGUGGGUUGGAAAUUAAGGAGUUGAGAUUUUGGAUCUUAUAUAUUUGAAAAGGAAGGCUGAAAUAAGUGGUGGUGGUGGUGGUAAGCGAAUGGAAGGAGGGAUGAUCUUAUUGAGCGGUAACCGUGAGGAAUUGGGAAGCAUAGGGAGUAACUAUAGAGAUCCUAUAUGUGAUGAUGUAGAUAUGGAAACCGAUGAUUGUGAAAUUGAAGGUCCGAAAGACGUUGAAGGAGAAGGAGAAGUAGAAUCAGUAGUAGACGAAGAAGGAGUAGAAGGGUUUUUAACGGAUAAAGGAGAUGGUGGUGAAGUGGGUGAUGUUGUUUUCUCCAGAGAAGCGCCACUUUUGAGUAAAGAAGACCCGAUAAUUACAUCUGCUGCGGCUUGUGCUUGCAGUGCCACGAAACUAAAGCAAAGAAUGGCGGUGGAAGAUUUUGAGCUGCGUAGAAAGGGUAAAAAUGGACGGGAUAAGAAACUAUCCAGACAAGAGAGAAUUGAGUUAGGGCGUAUGUUUCAGACUGCUGUUAGCUCUCAUGAUUGGGAUCUCGCAGAUAGUCUGAUAAUGUUGGCAGAUCCACAAACGCUGAAUGAUGCCUUGUGCAUUUCAUUAGACUCUAUUUGGUUCUUGAACACCCAGCAAGAGUUGCUGGGAAUUACGGGUCUGAUGAAGAAAGUUAUUUCCCAGGGUGCUUAUGAUUUUACUAGAGCGGCUCUUCGGACGUCCUUUCUCGCUUCAUGUGUCUCUGCAUGUCAGAGCCGGACUAUGAGUUUAGCAGAUACUGUAACUGUUAUGGCCCAAAGGUUACAUGAGCGCCUCCAAGAAUGCAAUGGUGAUGAGGUUUUGAAAGCAGAAGCUGGUGCAAAGGUCCAGAAAUUUACAGAAUGGGCUCUGAAAUGUAUAGGAUUCCACUCUCGUUGCCAGGGAAGCAGGGAUAGAGUAAGUCAAAGUUCUGCAGUAGAGAUCCAACUCCAGUUGUCAGCUUUUAAGACAUUUUUGGAUCUUGCUGGUAAUCAGCUUACGGGGAAGGAUUUCACUGAAGCUUUUGAUGCAGCAUGCUUCCCUUUAACUCUAUUUUCUAGCUCUUUUGAUCCUGGGUGGGCUUCUGGGAUUUCGGCAACUGCAAUCCAGGGGUUGCUUGGUAUGUUGGUGGAGGGUGGUGCAGACAACGUCAACCAGUGCUUCCUUGAAGCCUCACGUUUUGGCAGUACAGAGCUUGUUCGCAUCUUGUUGCAGAUUGCUCAAAGGAACAGCUUGGAUGUGGAUGUUGACCUGGCUUUGGGCUUUGCUUCUCACUACUCCAAGAUUGGUACAAUGGAGUGUCUGGUGGAAGAGGGUAAUGCAGUUGCGUUUUUGGGACCUUUAAUGAGAGCUGCUGAGAGGGGUUGCAUGCAGGUGGUCCAAUGGUUUGUCCAACGGGGUUGCCGAGACAUGGAGCUCUGCCUUGCACUCACAGCUGCUACCUCCAGUAGCCAAGUAGGGAUUGCUGCGUACCUCCUUCCUCAUGUUCCUCAACAUGUGCUUGCUGCACUAAGCAUCGAGAUCUUAAAAGCAGCUGGUGAACGAAGUGGUGGGUCCCUUGAUGGUGUUGCAUUUCUUCUGCGCUCAGACUUUCUCGGGGAUCCAGCUGCUACAUAUGCUGUUGCCGACAGCAUCGCUAAGUCCGACGAUGAAGCUGUGGCUCCAGAGCUUAGGGCUUUCCUACGGGAACACUGGUCAGAGGCUGCAUUUUUGGAAGGAUCGAGGCGUGAACAGGAUCACUAUGUGAAUGUGAUGAGGAUAUUGAGGAGAGGUGGGUCUCCUGUAUCCCUAUGUUUGCGGGACCUCCCUGCUCCUUUAAUAACGGCCAUCACUUAUUUACCUCUGUACAUGGAGUGCGUUGAGAAUGGGGGACGUUUGUUAUCGCAGAGGCUAAGAGGACAACUGGUAGAAGCCUCGAGAAGAUUAGGUAAGAGUAGUGAGCCAACAUGUGGGGAUGUUUCUGCAAGUAGUCUAGGUGGAGGAAGAGAUCUCUUGGUUGUGUUGGAGCAUUAUCUUCCACCAUUUUUGCUACGGACAGGCGGUGAGGAUGUUUCUUGAGCAUAUUGCAACUUCAAAAUUUCUCCCCUUUUCAGUCAUCUCUCCAUCCACAUUUCCCUUACAGAAAAUUAAUAAUAUUUUAGAAGGCCGCACAAGAGCGAGCGAGUGACGAGUUAUGUAUCAUGUGAGAUUUAAGGCUUCCCAGCCAUGCUGUAUUUUUGUCCAAGUCUCACCUCUCUCUCUCUACUUUUUGUUCUUGUGUACCACUGAGCAUACCAGGAAUAAGCAUACUAGAAUAAUCCCUUAAUAACUUUGGGAUGUUGAAAGUCACAUUCUUCGGAAACCGGAUCGUGAAUCAUACACCGGGGAUCAAGCGUGUAUUGACGUCUCUAUUAGAUCUUGUCCCAACGAAGGAUUCGUCCGUCUUUGAAUCGGGAUCUUCCCCCAUCGGAGGAUUCAUCCGUCUUUAAAUGAUAUACUAGUUGCAUA